AUCCAACAAGCGGCAGACAUAUAUUAUUCCGGUGUAGCCGUAUCGUAUCGCCGAGGGAUUACAAAUCAUGAGUGCAUAUGCUUUUUUAUAUGCUGUAGUUUGUUGGAUGCUUCCCCAUAAAGGGCACCAUCGAGGUAUAGAAGCCUGUACAACUUGAGUUCAUCAUUAUAAUCCGCUGGUUUCAAGAUAUUGCGCCAUGUCCGCGAAAGAGCCCAGGAAGGUUUCGAUCCGGCUACCCUCGGUGCCGGAACCAUCAAGCAAGCGGUACAGCAAGCGAAUGUCAACGUUUGACCCGGACAAUGCAGAAUCCCUGGAAAAUUGGAGACGAAAGACAUCGCAAUGGGACUUUGGCUCUGAGCUCAAUCUCUUAGUGGGGACCCCCGAUACCCUACACCGUCCUCAGAGUCAGUCUGGAGACCGCUUCACCUUCCUCGAGAACUCGUCGGAAGAGCAAACAACUACUAGCGGGCUAGGGAAGAAGGGGUCCGCCUUCUCAGAACACGAUCCCCCGGGUGUAGACGAGCAUCAACCACCGCCGGAGGGAGGUGACGAAGCAGCAUCACCGAAAGAAAUCUACCCUGGUCUGGGGCUGCCGCUAUGGCGCGAAGUCACUUUCAUCAUCGUCAUCUGCCUAUCCAUGUUCACGACGCAGUUAGGCCUAGGGCAAGUGCUGCUACUCCUCCCGAGCAUUGGACGAACUUUCAAUGUCUCAAAUGCCGGUGACCUAAGCUGGCUCGUGGCCGGCUACAGUCUGACGGUCGGGACCUUCAUCCUCGUCUCGGGGCGGCUAGGCGACAUAUACGGCUACAAGCUCAUGCUGUCCAUAGGGUACGCCUGGUUCGCCGUCUGGACCAUGAUUUCUGGCCUCAGCAUCUACAACACGGAAAACGGCUACGUCAUGUUCGUGUUCGCGCGUGUGCUAUCGGGCAUCGGCCCUGCUAUCACGAUGCCGAACGGGCUCGCCAUCUUCGGCGCCGCCUACCCGGAUGGCAUGCGCAAGGCCAUGGCAUUUGCGCUCUUCGGCGCCUGCGCGCCCUCCGGCUCCAUCGUCGGCGCGACCUUCUCAGCGCUCUUCGAGCUCGUAUGGUGGCCGUGGACCUUCUUCUCCUUCGCUAUCAUACUAGCCAUCCUAGCCGGCCUCGUCCUCGUCUUCGUCCCGACAAUUCCGCGUACUCGCGCUCCGCCGACCACGUUGAAGGAGUUCCUUCAAGCUGUGGAUCUGCUCGGCGGUGUUGUGGGUGUUACCUCGCUUGUCCUCAUCAAUUUCGCGUGGAACCAAGCCGUGGUGGUCGGCUGGAGACAAGAUCGAGAUUACGUCUAUAUCUGUCUUCUUCUCGGCAUACUAAUGCUCCCGUGCUUUUUUAUCAUUGAGACUAAGGUUGCCAAGGAACCGCUCAUCCCUUUCGCAGCCUUGACUAGCGAUGUUGGCUUUGUCAUGGCGUGUAUAGCCUGCGGCUGGGGUUGUUUCGGUAUCUGGCUCUUCUACUUGCUUCAAUUUUACUCGAAUCUACGGCACGGCAGUCCCCUUCAAAUAUCGGCAUGGUUCAGCCCCAUUCCCGCAUCGGGUUUUGCCGCAUCUAUCACCACUGGUAUUAUCCUGGGGAAAGUACGGUCGAGCAUCGUUAUGGUCAUGUCAAUGACGUUCUUCUUAGUCGGAGUUAUCCUCGUAGCCGUAGCUCCCGUGGAACAAAGCUACUGGGCACAGACCUUUGUCUGUAGUCUCAUCAUACCGUGGGGUAUGGACAUGUCGUUCCCGGCCGGGACCAUCAUCAUGUCGGCAUCUCUUCCUAAACAACAUCAAGGCGUAGCGGCAAGUCUAAUCAACACUGUUGUCAAUUACAGCGUCUCACUUGGGCUUGGUUUCGCCGGUACCGUCGAGAUGCAAGUCGACCAUGGCGGACUCACGGAGGCGGACGACUUACUCAGAGGCUACAGAGGAGCGCUGUAUCUAGGAAUUGGACUGGCAGGGCUCGGCGUUGCUAUCAGCAUCAUCUUUGCCAUUAAGCAGGCGUGGGAUGACUCUGAGAAGAAAAGGAAGAGAAGACCGGCAAGCUUACCAGAUAAUAAGUGAUCUUGGAAAUGAAAAAUCGCAUUUGCACUUGAAUUCUGGCUUAUUAUUAGCAACUUACUAACAACUGAAAAGCGUUCACUUGUUCCCAAUCACCAC